AAAUUAGCAUGAAAUGAAUUAAGGGUGACAAAUACGCUUGCAGUUUUCAAUAUGAUUAACCUCAAAUUCAAAACCUAAAAGAUGAUUUGGAAUGUUCGGAAUAGUGUUUUAAUAUAAUUUUCUAGACUACAUUUUUAUCUGAACAAUGUAGCACACUACGGACUGAAAUCUUUAGCAUUCCAUAAUACAGUACUGUUUAACAUAUUUAAGAAUUAUACAGCACAGUAUGCAGAAUACUAUUAUAUUACCACCCCUAAUUGAGUAACCUGUUGGUUUGAAAGCCUACGUUGUAAUACAUGUUAGUUCACUACAUCAGAACGGUUACAGACACACAAAACAUUGGAAUGCACUCAAGUUUUACUGUACUCGGUUGAAAUGGAAUCGAGCGCUGCAAUUAAAUAGCGACCCUCUGCCUCCCUCUGCCGGUCACUGUGAGACUAAUAUCAGUUGAAAGGAGGCGGAGGACUCUAGCAAGGGGGGAGAGAGAAAGAAAGAAAAGAGCCUGUGCUGGUUUUUGCAGGCGGAGUUUCGUUCUUGCUCACCGUUGGAAUUCACAGUGUCCUUGUGUUUUUUCUCGGGAUUGCUGGAGGAGAGAGAAGGAGCGAGAAAGCGCCGCCAGCAAGCAGAUGUUCUAGCUGGACUUUCCCUCUGCCACGAGCAAGCUGACCAAUCUGAGAAUCGAGCUUAUACACAACUAAAAUGUGGCAGCCUGCGUCGGAGCGAUUGCAGCAUUUACAGAGCAUGCUGAAGACCAAACUCAAUGUGUUAACGCUCCGGAAAGACCCACUGCCUACAGUGAUAUUUCAUGAGCCAGAAGCCAUCGAGCUGUGUUCCACCACCCCUCAUACAAAGAACCGAACAAAUACAGGAUAUAAGGUGACCUACCUGGGCAAAGUGACAAUUUCCGGCACUCAGUUCCUGUCUGGCUGCACAGAGUCGGCUGUUGUGGGAUUAUGGGACUCAAAGCGAAAUUCUCUCGCCCUCGAUGACUCCAUCACCGCUUGCAACACCAUACUGGAGAUCCGUCCUUUCCAGGUUCGAAUGCAUCACCUGGAUGGACAGGGUGAGGCAACAGUUGCCAUGGACACCUUCCAGGUGGCUCGUAUUGCAUAUUGCACAGCAGACCACAACAUUAGCCCGAACGUGUUUGCAUGGAUCUACCGACAAAUCAACGAUGAUCUGACGUUCCAGAUGGACUGCCAUGCUGUGGAGUGCGAGAGUAAAUUAGAGGCGAAAAAACUGGCCCACUCCAUGAUGGAAGCCUUUAAGAAAACCUUCCACAGCAUGCGCAGUGACGGACGUAUCCACAAUAGCGGAUCAUCCGACGAGUUUCCCGAAGAUUCAAGCACACCUGAAGAUGGCUGAGGAAGCUUUUGUAAUGUGGGGGGUGGGGUUCGUGGGGCGAGGGAGUAUAAGUGUGAGAUAGUACAGGUACUGGUGUAUCGGUGCUCUCUUUCUCUAUCACUCUCUUGUCCUUGUGCCAUAAUUGAACAUUCCGAAAAACAAACAGAAAUGACAAAAAUGAAACAAAACCACAAUUUAAAAGGCAAUGGAAAUGGGACAGUAAUGACUUGGCAAUUACUACGAAAGCAAAACAACUAGUAAGCUAACGUCUGCCUUUUAAAAUCAGAUUGUGCCCAUUUUACUAAAGAAUUUAUAGAGAUAUUUCGACUUCAGUUAGGUACAACUUACGGUUAAAUCAUUAUGUAACUUUGAUCAUUACAAUGGUUACACUUCAUCUUGAAAGUUGCUGUUUUUGAAUAUGGCGUUUUGAGAAGUGAUAAGAACUUCUUACACAUUUUAUCUGUUAUUCUACCUUUGUUUAGCCAAUCAAAACCUUGGGCCUAUUCACCUUUUGUUGGGUGAUUCAUAAAAUGUAAUACAGUACCUUCAAAGGGGUCACUUUUAAAUACCGGAGAGGUAUAUUCCUUCUGCUAAGUAGAGUUUAAGAGAGAGAGACAAUAUCAUUUUGAUAUUUAUGGCAGGCAGCCAGCCUAGGGCAUUCCUUUACCUUUAUUGGGCCAUAGAAUCAUCACCGAUAGGGACCAUGCAUCGAUUUGUGUGUUUUUUUUUUUUUAAAGAUACCAAAAGUCAAUGAGUGUGAUGUAGUCUGUUUGUCUGCAGAUCAUGAGCCUUUGAAUAACUAUGGAACAGGUUCUCUAAAACAAGCUUUUACAAGCUACAGUGUGCAAGAGUGUACAAAUCUGCUUGUCUGUUUAGUGUGUUUAUGUGUGCAUGAGGAAGUGUGUAUUUUUUAACAAGCGAAGAGUUGAGAAAUACUAGUGUGUGAUGAAUGAAAGUGAGAUAGAUGUUCCAUUGAAAAAUCAGUAUACACACUCAUGCAGGGCUGUUGCAUUUCAAAGACCACAUGAAAUCACUUUGCAGUUUUCUUUCAUGAGUUAACAUGUUUCUUAUUAAAACAGAAAGCUGGGACAGGCCAUAUCAAGAACAUUUCCCUUUUUUAAUUAGCCAACAGCUUGUAGUUUAUAUCACAGUCAUGUACCAUGAUUUUCUACUUGUUAGUCUGAGGCAGGUGGUUUUAGGGGAGGGACAUUCUCAUUCUAGAGAGCAUCUUAUUGGACAAAAAUGUGGAUACGCCCCUGAGUGCAUGAUGAGUCGUCAAUAUUUUUGGUCUAUUUUCCUGGCAGAGAAAGACAUUUUACAUUUUUACAAUACAUUUUUAAGUAAUAGUUUGCACAAAUGAAAAUCUUGUCAAAAUGUACUCAUCUUAAUGUCGUUCCAAACAAUUUGUCAUUUUUCAGUGAAAUUUUUUCAUUCGUUGUAUAUUCUUAGGCACUAUCAGAGUUAGUUGAAGUGGUGAAUGAACGUCUCUUAUUCACAGUGAAAAACUUGACGUCUGUUGUACAGUCAUGAGCAUAUGAGAGUUUGUUCACGUUCACUCGAGCACUUGCGUUGUUUAGCGCUAAAAACAAAUCACGUCAGCUACUGUGAAUUUGUACUCUCAUGAACAUAAACGUGCAACAGACAUCAAGAUUUAAAAUAUUUCACUAUUCACGAUUUCAGUAGAUUUGCUUAACUAUUUUAGUAAUUUCUCAGUGAAAAUCUUGAAGUCCGUUUUACGUUCAUGCUAACCUCAUGCACAUAUAAAUGUGCAAUAGACAUAACAUUUUAAAUUGUCAAAUUGUUUGAAACAACAUGAGAAUGGUUGAAUUUUUACAGAAUUUUCAUUUUUGGGUGAACUAUUCCUUUAAGAUAUCUGCUAAAACAUAUUGUCAACUUCUAGGAGUACACUAGCAUAUAGAUGGCCUCAAAGCCAACAGACCUGGUAUAAAAGCAACAAAACUGAUUUCAUGGGGUCUUCGAGGCUGAUAUUGUUUUGAUUGUGCUGCUUUUUUAAGUAAAAGAAAUCCCUGUUACCAGUCCUUUAUUAGCAUACAGGGUGUCAGGAUGUCUUUCUAAAGAUUUGGAGAGAAUGGUGUGAAUGUUUGUGUCAUGAGAGGGAGGUUCCAGGACCACAAAAACCAAGUAGUCACAUAGAGUGCCUGUAUAUUCCUCCCAUGCUGAAUGUAUGAUGUCUCUUGUGCCGUAACAAGCUAAAUAUAUGUAUUGGUACUCAAAGCCUUGUUUUAUUAUUAUUUUAGAUAUUUUCUUUUUAUUAUACAUUUGAAUUUGCAAAUGAUUUGGAAGUAGAGGUUUUGAGUCAAUCUACAAGAUGCCAAGAUGGGAUGAUGUGUGCGUGUUAUUUUCUUAAAAUACAAUCACACACACACACACACACACACACACACACACACAUUAUCAUACACACAGCUCCAUGUACCUGUGAAAACCCUGUUAUGGGGACGAUGGAUUGUGGGGCAAAAUGAAUUAAUACAUUAUUAGGUGAAUAAAGAGACUCUGAAUCAGUUAUAUUUUGUAUUCCGAUUUUGAAUUUAAUUAUAAAAUCAUAUUCUUAUUUGGAUUUGGAUUCUGUUGGAGUGAAUCUGGAUUCAGGCUAAGGGGGAAAGGGAGAGAAAACUAAAGUGAAGCAGUGACCCUAAGCAGCAAGUAUCCAUAAAUAAAGAAAUAUAUAUAUACAAGAUAUAUAUAAUGUAUUGAAACUCAUUCAAUAAGCUUGUGUAUAUACAAAUGUAUCAAUUUUUUUUUUCUUUUAAAUACUGCAUUGAAUGUUAGAUAUUUUGAAUAAAGUUAGGAGCACCAUAAAAAGAAUCAGUAUUAUGGCCAACUGUGAAUUUGGAUUGAGAACUAGGAGUAGUCUGAGUGAUGAAUUGUCAGAGGAGAAUGAGGAUGUGUCUUUUUGUUGUUGUUUUUUUUUUUUUUUUUUUUUUUACUUUGUAAAAUUAUAGAUGAACAUUCUCACUACAUGACUUAAUGGCUCAGACUCGCUUUAAUGUUUUGAAAUGUUACCAUAUGUGUUUUUUAUGGUGUAUUUGCAAAGAUAAAAUAUAUACAGUCAUACAGUAUAUAAACUAUUUACCAAGCUAA